UAGACACUGAAUGCACUUCAUCAUCUGAGGCGGAGACGACGAGGAAGAAGCUGUCAAAACAUUGCAAGGCCCUUUGAGUCGGCAUUUAAACCUGAAUUGGUUAUGGUCCAAAUUUGCACCUUACAUUAAUUACAUAUGCAUUUAAGAUCAGUGGUCAUCCCUCAUGUUCUACCAAAACCAAAUUACUUGCUUUCUUCGGUGGAAAAUGGACGAAGAUAUCUGAGAAAUGUCCAUACAAUGGAAGUCAAUGGGAACCACAAUUAUUUGGUUGGUCUGUCUCUCCAUUUUCCUUCACAGGAGUACAUAAACCUCUGCAAUGUCUCAGCCUGAGCAUCUCAACGUGAGCCCCUGGGGCUUGUCUGAGUUUUUGGUCCAGAGGAGGCUGCUUGGCUUUGGGGCGCUGCUGGCCUGGAUGGUCUUGUUCCACCUGCUGGUCAACAUUUGGCUCCUGUGUGUCUUCACAAGCCUCUUAGUGGUCUUAGGUGGUUGGCUUGGUUCCCAGGCUGUCCUGGACUCAGACAGCGUUGUUCACCUAGAGCGCUUUGUUAGGCUUGAGGAGAUCCCGCACAGUGCCAAGAGCGGGCAACAACUGGAAGAUGUGAUCCAGAAGACAGUUGGCAAGAUCAUACGUGACUUUGUCACCUCAUGGUACAGCACCAUUUCCAAAGAAAAAGAGUUUGAGGAUGAGGUGCACAAUGCCAUGAUCUCCAUGGCAUUGGAGCUGAAGGGUCGAGUGGCAAGAGUUGAUAGGAAAGCUUUAUCUCAGAGGGUUUUAGACCUAUCUGGAUGCCACGUUCAGUGUUAUUCGAGUGCCAAGGAAGCCAAUAAACAUCUAGGGGUGGACAAAGAUGGAGAUCUCUGGGAGGCGUACAGCAAACUCUGCCCUCCUCAUCCCGCUCUUCAGAGCUCUGCUGUCGAGGUGAAUUACGUACGGGCCAUUGUAGAUCUGCUUCUCCAUGUUCUUGUACCUCCUCCGCAUUUAGAAACCCGCACAGGUCGAUUUGUGGUGGGCGAACUUAUAAUGUGCAACGUUCUGCUGCCUUUAAUUGCAAAACUGUCCGACCCAGACUGGCUAAACAUGUUGAUUGUAAGCAUCUUCUCUAAAUCCAGCGAACCAGCCUCAGAGCCAGAACCAGUAGAAGUUCAAACUCCACCACAAGUUGUAUCUCCUCAAGAAAACACACCGCAAGAGCUUGAAAUUCCUUGCGUUCUGGCCCUAAAAGUCACCCCAGAGACCCCUACAGCAAUGGAGGCCCCAACACCAGAACUUGCUGAUGUCAUUGACUCCGCUGAUCUUUAUUCUCCACACAACCUGGAGGAAGACGAACCACGGUUGAGCAAACCGUUUCCGUUGGGUUUUAGCCCCAGGGAUUAUCUGAGACUCGGUAAGCCCAAUCCGUUCUAUCAAGAAACUGACUCUGAUUUGGAAUCUCCUCUAACGGAUUUCAAGCAGAGCUCCCUAGAAUCGCUGGUUCUGAUUGGUUCAGAGGAGACUCUUUCUGAAAGACUUGCCGAAUGCACCACUCCAGUUGACGCUGUGUUAGACCUCGAGGAUGAACUUCCAACUUACACCAAUAUGACAGAGAAGGAGAUAUCAGUACAUUCCGCAGGUGUGUCCGAGGAAGAGCCAUCAAGCUUUUGCACUCUCCAGCCGUUGGAGAAGAGUAACUCGAGUGCAGACCAGCCAGGCCUGGUGAACCCCAGUGAGCUGGCUUUGACUGCACCCGUCCAGGCUUCUUCAGCAGCUGGGAUGGCAUCCCUGGCACCUUUCAACUUCGAGCACCUCAGCAGCCCAGAGGGUCCGGUCAUUAUCCAGAACCUCCGCAUCACUGGCACCAUCACUGCUAAGGAGCACCGAGGCUCUGGCUCACAUUCCUACACUCUCUACAGCGUAAAGUAUGAGACAGCCAUGGACUCUGAGAAUCCUGAAUCUUUGCAGCCCUUGGCCUAUCACACCGUCAGCCGACGCUACAGCGAGUUCCUCAACCUUCAGACCCGUUUGGAGGAGAAACCAGAAUUACGCAAGAUUCUUAAAAAUGUGAAAGGACCAAAGAAAAUAUUUCCUGAGCUUCCAUUUGGAAACAUGGACAGUGACAAAGUCGAGGCCAGGAAAGGUCUUUUGGAAACAUUCCUUAGACAACUUUGUGCCAUUCCUGAAACGGCCAACAGUGAGGAAAUGCAAGAAUUUCUCGCUCUAAACACUGAUGCAAGAAUUGCCUUUGUGAAGAAACCCUUCAUUGUUUCACGCAUAGACAAGAUUGUGGUGAAUGCUAUAGUGGACACCCUGAAGACGGCCUUCCCUCGCUCAGAACCACAGAGUCCUACUGAUGAAAUUGACGCAGAGCCUGAUGGGAAAUUGUCCACUGACAAGAAAUCCAAGUCUCGAAUGAGGUUCUCUAGUAAAACUGCCCCUGCUCUCAACGUGUCUGACAUGAAACCCAAAGUGCUUUACUGCUUUGAUGAAAGCAGCUCUGUUUUCAAUGGCUUCUCGUUGAAUGAGCUGGAGAGCUUCAUCUCAGAGAAGGAGCAUUUUGAGGCUAAAGCAUGGUUUGAUGCUGAUGCAGAGAGAAGUGGAGCACCUAAAUGGGAUAUGAAAACAUGCGCAUGUGCCAAAGCACAGCUACAGAAUGCACCCGCCUUCAGUGACUCUGCUAGUGAGAUGGCUCUAUCUGACCAGGCCCUGAAUAUCCUGUGUGUGCUCAUGAAGGAUCAGUGGAGCUGGCUCUGCACAGAGAACAUCCAGAGGACCAUCAGACUGCUGUUUGGGACCCUCAUUGAAAGGUGGCUGGAGGUGGGUGGUGUUAACCUGACCUGUACGCAGUAUUGGGUGAUUUAUCUGCGGGUGCUGCAGGAGGCCAUCUGGCCUGGAGGAAGUCUGCCGGCUCAACCGAGACCCCAACGCAGCCAGCAGCAGAAAGACGAGAGCAGAGCGCAGGCUCUGCAGUGCCUUAUGAAACUACUGCCAGAUCUGAUCUCUGAUAUGCUGGGCUCUGAGAAGUACAAGCUAUCUUGGCAGAUGGUUGUGGAUUCUUUUCAGGACCCCACCAUAAACAGGCAUCUUGUGUACUGCAUCUGGGAUCUGCUAAUCGAGUUUCUCGUCCCUGAGGCGUCUGAUGAGGACUUUCAGAAAACACUUCUGCACAGCCUGUCCAAAAACGCUGAGAAGCUGCCACCAUAGGUGUGCUGGGGGCGGACUGGAGACACUAAACACACUUGCAUAUAUACAUACAUAUAUAUACAUACUUAUCACAUACGAACGUGUGAUAAGUUAAAGUGUUAGGCAGGAAUAUGUAAUCAAGAAAGUGUGGAUUUGGAUUCAUGACAGCCUGUGUCUGGCACCAAUUUGGUCUCCCUGUUUCUGGGACACAUGCGCACAUCCGGGCAGGCAUUGAUUAAUGGCCACCUGUUUUGUGUUUUAUCAAACCACAAGUCCAAUCUCUAAAGCCCGACAUGCCGGAUCUGAAUUAGUCGCAAGUUCUCCAACUUUUAUCCACCUUGUUCCCGCUUCAGCUUUGGGCAAAGCUCUUACAGAUGGACUGCGCAGAUCAUUUCUGCACCAUCCUAUUAUGUGUUUCCAGCCUUUCAGUCUUGAUAUACCUUGACUUUACACACAUUCCCUUCUUGUGCACAUACUUGAUCAUUUUGCAGAGAUGCUUUAAGAGGCUGUAUCGACCUUAUCUCUCGAAGUAAGAAAGCCUGUUUUUCCACAAGUUUCCUCUUUAAGUAUGAAAUUUUUCACAUCUGCGUCUGGUGUCACGGUAAUGCUGUACGUGCUUUGUGUGCUUUCAGCCAACUUGUGAAGCCUUUAAAUGUAAUUUCUCUAUUCACAACCUCUAAUUAAGUGGUUAGAUGCCUCUGUGGAAAAAGAAAAGGUCAUGUUGAUUCAGCAAAAAUGGCCAGUUUUCAGCAUUUGUCUUAUUUACUCUGUUAUUGAAGUAUGCAUAUAAGUUUUCUUAAAGAGAUAGUUCACCCAAAAAGGACAUUCCAAUCCUGUAUUACUUCUUUUUUGUGGAAUAUAAAAGAUUUU